AUGAAAUCUUUGCUGUAUCUUUUCUUAUUCUCAAUCACCAUCUGUUUUUAUAUAAUCCCUGCAAUCCACAGCCAGUGUGAGGAAAACCAGCAACUAUCAUUGCUCCAUCUGAAGAAAAGCCUUGUAUUUGAUUCUUCUGUAUCCUCCAAGCUUAUAUUCUGGAAUUCAAGUGUUGACUGUUGUUCCUGGGUUGGUGUAACUUGCAGUACCAAGGGCCAUGUGGUUGGACUUGACAUCAGCGGUGAAUUUAUCUCAUCUAGCAUUGACAGUUCAAGCAGUCUCUUCCAUCUUCAACAUCUUCAAAGCCUAAAUUUGGCCUGGAAUGACUUCAAUGGCUCUCAAAUUCCAGCCGCAAUCGGAAAGCUUACAAACUUGAAGUAUCUAAAUUUGUCGUCUGCGGAAUUCUUCGGCCAAAUUCCCAUUGAGAUCUCAAAAUUGACAAGGUUGGUUAUCCUUGACAUAUCUGAAAAUUUCUCUAUUAGAGCUGAGGGAAUUGACUGGUGCCAAGCCAUAGCCUCCUCAUUGCCAAACCUGAGGGUGUUGAGCUUAUCUGAUUGUGCGCUUUCAGGCCCUUUCCAUGAGUCUCUUGCUGAGCUUCAGUCUCUAUCUGUUGUUCGUUUGGACAAUAACAGAUUCUUUGCUCCUGUUCCAGGAUUCUUUGCCAAUUUUCCAAACUUGACUUCCUUGACUCUCUGUAAUUCUCAGCUGCAGGGAACAUUUCCGGAUGAGAUUCUUCAGGUACCUUCUCUUCAAGCUAUUGAUAUAACCAAUAAUCUAGAACUUCAUGGUUCUUUGCCACAGUUUUCCAAGAACAAUUCUCUUUGGUCCCUAGUUGCAGCUGUCAACGAUAGACAUUUCUGGUUGUGA